CAUGGUGCCAGACCAUUGAAGUCACCACAGGGAUGAAUUUGGCCCAUUAUAUUUUAAUGACAUUCUUCUUGAAGAACAUGUUGUGGGAGCUGCAGAUGUAUGGUGUUUCUAGGAAGCACUGUUUAUUUUCCAGCUAAUAGGAAGCACAAGGCACUGGGACUGAUGCGGUGCAGCCCUUUUUACAAGUGUUUAGUAUUAUAUCUUAUUUUCCUUUUCCCCCCACCCCCAGAGGAUUAUGCCCAGCUGUGCAACAUUCAGUUUCCAGGAUCUCGGCGACCAUAUGGAGAAGAUGCUUUAAUCGACUUCGAAGAACACUACACUCCAGAAACUAACCCGUACUUUGUUGAAGACCGUUUUCUAAACAGCUUUGAGGAAUUACAAGCAGAGGAAUGUGGCAUUUUGAAUGGAUGUGAAAAUGGCCGAUGCGUGAGAGUUCAGGAAGGUUAUACUUGUGACUGUUUUGAUGGCUACCACUUGGACAUGGCCAAAAUGACUUGUGUUGAUGUAAAUGAGUGCAACGAACUGAACAACAGAAUGUCUCUCUGCAAAAAUGCCAAGUGUAUUAACACAGAAGGUUCGUACAAGUGUUUGUGUCUGCCAGGCUAUGUACCUUCGGACAAGCCAAACUACUGUACACCACUGAACUCAGAAAUAGACAGUGAACUGGAGUAAAAGAGAAGCUUCAUAACCUAAGCCCAUAUACCCUGCACUGUAUAAAGAAAAAAGGAAAGUAUUUAACUUGAGAUGAGGAUGCAUCUAAUCUGAAGCAUUGGCUACAUGGAAAACAGCAAAAGGUGUCGUCUUGAAAGUGAAAUGUGAUGAGUUGAUAUACAUCAACUUCAUGGCAGUGACAGAGCAAAUGGACACAUUUCUCUAUAUGGAAGAAACAAUCAAGUAUAUAGUGUGUUCAUAAGAAAAAUUAAUUCAAAAUAGGUAAAACAGUGCUGUUAUUUUAAACAGAAGGGUUUUUUGUUUUUUGUUUUUUACUAUUGCUUGAUUAAUUUGGCAUUUAAAUAGUGGUGAAAAUAUUUUAUAUUACUUCUUCAUUUCUGAUUGUGCAGUUCUUUGCCUACUGUUUCUUUUCAGAUCUAUUUUCUGAUCAGUGCAAAUCCUUUGAUACAGAUAUUGUUAGGCCAUUUUAUAAAAAUGAUUGCACAGGGUAAUGCUCCUCUUUGUCUGGAACAUUGAUCAGUGACUUUUUAAAUUGCCAGCUGUCUGCCCUGUGGAGCAGGUGCUGUUUGUUUUCAAUGUUUAUACGCCUUGGAGAACAGUCCUUUAUAUGCAUUUUGUAUUCUUUAUGGUCUUUUACUGCACUUACAAUCUUUUAGAAACUUUCUUGCCAAGUUUCAAAGCUGCUAGUGGACAACCAGUGGAUUCCUUUUGUACAUUGAAACAAAAGAUUUGAGCUCACGUCCUAUUGUAAUAUGUAAAUUGAACACAAAAGAGAUCUUGUAUGAUUACCCUAACAUAUUAAAGCUGUAUAUUAAAACUCAAUAAAAAUCACCUUUUUUUUUAGAAAA